GGCUGAUGAGUGGGAGAGGCUCAGGAUCACAAAGAAAGAGCAUACAAGGAGUCGAAGCAUGUUUACACUAGUUGAGUUGCUAUUGGAUUAAACGUACCAUAUCAGUAUAGAUUAUGUAAUCUAUAUAUAUCAAUUUGGUGCGACCGAACCAUUCGGUUUUGGAAAUGUUCUACAAGAAGAUGCAGCUGCUGGUUGCUCUCGGAUGUUUUCACUGGAUUUGUUUCUUGUUUCUCCUCAUCUUCGUUUCAUUCACUUCACACUCUCCGAUUCUCAAGAAGGGCGAGAGCUGGGAAUUAGAGACGGCAGAGGGUUUUCUGGAGAAAUAUGGCUACCUAGGACACACAGGUAACCAUGGACAUGAGCCGGCUGAGGUGAACAAGGCAGUCAGGGAGUUCCAGUGGCUCUCUCGGCUGCCGGUCAGUGGGUUAGUGGACGAUGCCACGCUGCAGCUCAUGUCUCAGCCUAGGUGUGGAGUGACCGAUGGAGAGAGCCACGCGGCCUGGGAGGAACGAGUCAGCGCCAUCUUCUCUGGGAACGGAGCGAAGAGGAGACCAAAGAGAUACAGCCAGCAAGGAGAGAAGUGGUACAAGCGUCACUUGACCUACCGCAUUAUGAACGGGCCGCGCUCGCUGUCCCUGCUGCAGGUGAGGCGCGCGGUGAGGGCUGCCUUCGAGCUGUGGAGCAACGUGUCUGCGCUGGCGUUCUGGGAGGUGAUGGAGGGGCCGGCAGACAUCAGGCUAGCGUUCUACGAGGGGGAGCACAGCGACGGGGUGACCAACGCCUUCGACGGGCCAGGGGGGGCGCUGGCCCAUGCAUUCUUCCCUCGCCGGGGGGAGGCCCACUUUGACAUCUCUGAGCGCUGGACCCUGAACGGCCACAAGGGGCGCAAUCUCUUCAUCGUGACUGCCCACGAGAUCGGCCACACCCUAGGGCUGGAGCACUCGCCCGUCCGCAACGCCCUGAUGUCGCCCUACUACAAGAAACUGGGCAAGGACUUGGUGCUGAGCUGGGACGACAUCGCCGCUGUGCAGCAGCUCUACGGGAAACCCUUCAGUGGCUCAGCAGUGCAGCUCCCGGGACGCGUGUUCACCUCCUUCCUGGACUCUGUGGAGGCCGAACAGCCUGGCACUGCCCAGCAGACCCCGUACUGCCAGGCUGCCUUCGAUGCCAUCACGAUGGAUUUGAACCACACCGUGUACAUCUUUAAAGGAGGGCAGUACUGGACAGUGUCCACGGCAGGUCAGGUCAGCUCUGCUCUGCUCAGGGAGGGCUGGCCGGGACUCCCUAGAGCCAUCGAGGCCGCUGCCAUCUCCCAGACCGACGGGAAAUUCUACUUCUUCAGAGGUGGGCGGUGCUGGCGUUACAAAGACAGGAAGCUGGAGGCGGGGUUUCCCAUGAAAAGCAACACCAUUGGCCUGCCCAGGCACCCUGACUCCGCCUUCUACUACCAGCCUCUGGGGCGCAUGGUUGUGCUCAAGGGGCAGCGCUACUUCGUUCUGAGCCAGGAGGGCCUGCGCGUGGAGCCCUACUACCCCCGGGAGCUGGCAGACUGGAAGGGGGUCCCAGCAGGUGCCAACGGGGUCCUGACCCGGCCCGACGGGCAGCUCUACUUCUUUAAAGACGACCGCUUCUGGAGGUUCGACCCGGGCAAGCUGCGGGUGGUGGGUCGAGGGCAGUGGGCCAGUGAACUGGAGUGGACCGGCUGCCAAAGAGAAGAAAACAACUCUGUCGACUGAACGAAAGAGCUGCUAAACUCACAAACCAAAAUAUGUGCAAUCAAAGAGCAUAACGGCCUCCUGUUCUUUUAAAGAGAUCGCAGUGAACAAAAUCCUUCCUUACCUGCUGUGCUCUUUCAUUUGCUAUAUAGGAUCCAAGGGUGCAGUUUUGAAAGAAACACAUCUCGUAAUAAAACUAAAUUUGUAAUUUCUGUUACUACACACUAGUCAAAGAAAUGCCAUGCUUUCAGGUAGUUUUGCACUUCCUUGGUCAUUUUACACGAAGGCUGAAAUUGUCCCCAUCCCUUCAAUGGCUUCUUUCCUGUCAUAAACCAACCAGCUACUUCUCCUAGUGACUGACAUGCUUUCAGCCAGUAACAAAGACACUCCUGAGGUGGAAUGAGCGAGGAAGGCCUGGAAACUGAGAACUAUAGUUUAGUACCAAAAAUCAUGUUUUAAAAUGAAAAUUCAUUUUGGCUAUAACAUGUGUUUCUUUCAUAACUGCACAUUUGAGACCGGAAUUAUUUUGUGAGCAACAAUCACUUCAAAAUAGUGUCACUUUUUCUUUUUUUUUUACAGAAGGUGGUCAAAUAGAAACACCUGUCAAACACUGUCAGCUAUUAUUAUUAUUAUUUAUUUUUUAGCAGACGCCCUUAUCCAGAGCGACUUACAAUUGUUACAAGAUAUCACAUUAUUUUUUUUACAUACAAUUACCCAUUUAUACAGUUGGGUUUUUACUGGAGCAAUCCAGGUAAAGUACCUUGCUCAAGGGUACAGCAGCAGUGUCCUCUACCAGGGAUUGAACCCACGACCCUCUGGUCAAGAGUCCAAAGCCCUAACCACUACUCCACAAGUGACCAUGAGGGAAGUUGUACUGGGGAUGGAACUCUGCAGCUAAGCCUGAAACAUCACGAAUAUGUGCAGUUUUCUCAGCUAUAUAUGUGUGUGGAAUGCCCAUUUACACACGUGCUGCCUUUUACAGUGGUCUUUAUUUUAUGGUCAAACCCCUGUAUGUAAAAUAUAUGUAUUUUGUAAAAUAUCUUCCUGCGUGUACAGUAAUAUAGAGGUAUGCGGUGAGAUAUGCAUUUCCAUUGGAAAGUACUGUAUUCUAUAGUUGUGGCAAAACGUCCAGAUUCAAUGACACCCCCAUUUCAAUGUCUGUAAAUGUAUGUGAUGUAUUUUAAUUCAGUUGCACUGUGUAGGAAAAAAUAAAUAUCUGAAAAAAAAACACUUGAUGAAUAUUGAAGAUAAAAUGAUGAAAUAAAUGGACCAGCGAAAUGUA